CAAUCGCACGUCGCCGCUGUCUGUCCGAGAACGGAGGUCGCGGCUCCGCUCUCGGCUCUCUCCCCGUUCUCUCUCCGCUCUCUCCGCUCGCCCAUGGCCACCUCCUAGACGCUCUUCAGUCGCUGCCCGUUGCCGUAGAAUCGCCGCGCGACAACCCCGAUCGCGAUGUCGAUGUCGGUCGCUCUCCGCCUUCUCCUCGCCUGCGGCCUGGUCGCCGUAUCCGCAGCCUCGACCUCGCCUAGUCCUCCUACCGCUCCGGGGAGCGCGGGGCCCGCCGACGCGGGGACCCCCUCGACCCCGGCCUUGGGCCCGACCGCGAUCCCCUCGUCGCCGGGGCUGAACGCGAGCGGCGGCGGCUCCCGGCCUCAGGCCGCGGCUCCGCCAGAGCACCUGGCGGCGCUGGAGGGGGACAGCGCCCUGCUACACUGCAACGUGAGCGGCAGCCCCGAGCCGAGCGUCGCCUGGAUCUCGCCCCGCGGCGUCUCCGCGCUGCAGCCGGGAUCCGGCCGCUGGCAGGUGGAGGCCACGGGCGACCUGAACAUCAGCCACGUGCGCAUUGAGGACAAAGGCCGCUACACCUGCAUGGCCACCAACGAGCAUGGCAGCGCCAACUUCACGGUGACGCUGCGCGUGGUGUACGUGAGCGGAGACCUCGGCAUCUACUACGUGCUCGUGUGCCUCAUCGCCUUCACCAUCAUCAUGAUCCUCAACGUGACGCGCCUCUGCAUGAUGAGCAGCCACCUGAAGAAGACGGAGAAGGCCAUCAACGAGUUCUUCCGCACGGAGGGCGCCGAGCGCCUCCAGAAGGCCUUCGAGAUUGCCAAGCGCAUCCCCAUCAUCACCGGCGCCAAGACGCUCGAGCUCGCCAAGGUGACGCAGUUCAAGACGCUCGAGUUUGCGCGCUACGUCGAGGAGCUGGCGCGCAGCGUGCCGCUCCCGCCGCUCAUCACCAACUGUCGCAACAUCGUCGAAGAGCUGGUGGAGGCCGUCUGGGUCGAGGGGGCGGCGCCGGUGUCUACCGAAGACGACGACGACGACGACGAGGUUGAGGGGGCUACCGGCGGAGCCAGCGGCGCCGGCGGCUGCGUCUACACCAUCCCGCCGCACGGCGACCGCGACUCGGCAACCUGCGACUCGGAUGAUGCCGCGUCGCUGCCGGGGCGCCGUCACAUCGCCAUCCAGGUCGCCGUGCACGAGCACAAGCCGGACGGCGGCGCUGCUGCUGCUGCUGCUGAUUCGUCGACCCAGCAGCAGCAGCAACCGCCGCCGCCGCCUGCAAGUGCCGGUAAUGCUGCCGUUACUACUGCUGCUGCUGCCGCUUCCUCCUCUCCGCCCGUGUCGGCGUCGGCAUCGGCCCAGCACAGCCGCAAUGGCAGCUCCAUGUCGGGCGCCAGCGUGAAGGACGGCGAGGUGGCGCUCGCGCCGGCCGCCUCGUGCGUGUGCUACGAAAGCCACGUGUGAGGUGGCUCCGCCUGGGUUUUGGGCGCCCCCUGGAGGGGAUUGGGCAUGCGAGAGGGGUAUUUUGGACAGAGGAGCGGGGGUCUCGGACCCCCGAGGAGAGGAGUCUUGCACGCAGAGGGGGAUUGAUGUUGGGAUGAGUGGCUCUGUUGUCUCCCACGAGGGGUUCAAAAGCUUCUUCCAAAACAACCACACCUUUUGUACAGUGCUUAGCGUAGUCCCUGUGGAGUGUCACGUUACGCGUAGGCUGGGUGUGGUGAGAUAAACUUAUUUUCUCUGCAUGGCUAAAUCCUAAAAAAAGUUUUUUCCCCCAGCGCUUCUUGGUGCUUUACCCACAGCGUCCAUGAAUUAACACAGAGUGGGCCGUGAUGGGUUCUGGCUGGCGUUAUGACAACCUUGCCCACACAGGCAUAUCCCUGUGACACACCAGAUGAUUGUUAAACUACAGGCUGUGGAGCAGGUGAUGUCGCUGUGCCCACGAUUGUUCUCAGCAAUCGCUGCUCAGUCACGAACCCCGGUUAACCCACUUGUGGGCUAAUGUAGAUACGGUGGUUUGUCUUGAUUAUGUCGCUCGUACUAUGAGAUAAAAAUAUUUUAAAUAAACGUUUGGAAGAGAUUA